AAAAAAAAAUUUUAAAUUUUCAAAUCCAACUGAUUUUAAAGUGAUUAUAUUUUAGGAAAACGAUAUUGAAAAAAAAUCAAAAUGGGUUCGAAUCAUAUUUCGGAUAUACUAGUCUCGCAUGAAUAUAUGACUAUGGAACAACAACACCAAAUGCAUCAACAUCAAAUCAACCCUAACAUGAAUCCUGAGAAUCCAAGAUCACCUAUUGAUUUACAGGAGGGAUCAUCACGACCAGUACGACGAGCCAGCCAGAGGACUACACAGUUAAGCAAUAAUAAUUAUGAGAUGGAAAUGACAGAUUCAAGUUCACAGAGCGACGAUACAAGCGGCGGCGGCGGCAGCAGCAACGGUGGUAGUGCACGCCCAUCCAGCCGCGCUAGGAAUUCCUUAACGGGCACCACACAAAGCCGGCGCAGGAAAGGCGUUCUCAAUGCAAAGGAGCGUAAUCUGCGGCGAUUGGAGUCAAAUGAGCGCGAACGCAUGAGAAUGCACAGCUUAAAUGACGCUUUUCAGUCGUUGCGUGAAGUUAUUCCACAUGUGGAAAUGGAGCGUCGCCUAUCUAAAAUUGAGACUUUAACUCUAGCGAAAAACUACAUAAUAAAUUUAACGCAUAUAAUUCUCUCGAAACGCAAUGAAGAGUCGUCGUUGGAUUUGAAUGGUGUAAUAUUGAAUGGCGCCACUACCGAUCUAACCGGCAAUGGCGGUAUUGGCGGAGUUGGUGAUGUUGGACUCGGCGUUGGUGUUGGCGUUGGCAUUUUAAAUCUAAAUGCUGGCGGUGGCGGCAAUAGCUCUGGGCCUGGCCCUGGACCUGGGCCUGGGCCCUGUUAUGAUGACGUUCUAACAAAUGGCACAAAUUCGUACGAUUGCGCCUUGGCUGCGGCAGAUGUGGUGAAUCAGCAACCUCGUCUAACCACCGCCACCACAACCAUACAAAUACAGAAUCAAAGUCUCAGCCAUAUGCAGCCACAAUUGUCGCAACAUCUAAUGCAAGCGAAUCACAAUCAAUUGAUGUUACAACAACCGACAACAACUACAUUAUUACUCAACAAUGGUUUUGAUGCGAGUGAUAACAAUAAUAGUUAUGAUGAACCUUUUCGAGAAUUUAUAUAAAUUCGAAAAUUUACAAAUAUACACUCAAGUUCACUUCGAAGAAUGAUUACGACAAUUGCAGACUCAUUGGAUAGUUUGGACAGGAAAGAGUUUCUCAACCAUAAUUGAUUUGUAAACUUGUACAAAAGGUAGAAGCCAAAAAAAUUCACGAAAUUCAUAUUGAAUAAACUACAGUUCUUGUAUAAUUUUACCAAUUUCCAUAAUUAGAGUAUUCAAGUAACAGGAAUUUUGUUUUAGAAGAUAUUGAAAAGCAGUGCAUAUUUAAACUCAGAUAUUUCUAAAGUUUUAAGUUAAUAAGUACUAAAAAAGGUCGACAGUAUACAGAGUGCCAGCAAUUUGAAGAUUGAACCGUUUCUAAUGCUUUUUAUACUCUUGGACACAAUUGCAUUUUAAUUUUAUAAAAAUUCUAGUAUAAACGAAUUAUUGCAUAAAACAA